ACGGCCGCCCUUCGGUUUUCCCAUUCCUGAGAGCUAGGCGCUGUGCUGUGUGAGCACACAACACUCCGGAGAAGAAGUGGGGAAAACAACAAAACGACAAAAAAUAAAACUUUUACCAAAAAAGCCUUUCAAAUUGGGACGAUUUGUGCAAAAUGAAAAUAAAAUAAAAUUUAAAAAAACGUGCAUGCAUGUUAACCUUUCCUUCUCUUUACCUUUCAAAAUAAAGGGAUUUAAAAAAAGUGGGAUCUGGGAAGCGGAUAAAGCCUGGAGUGUUUCAUAGGAAACUCGGGAUUGGAGUAGUGAGUGACGUUAUCUGCUGUGGCGAGAGGGAGGGAGAAAGCAAGCCAACAGGACUCCAUUAAAUAGAGCCAGGAGGAAACAGUUUGGUAGACUUUCUUUACUGGGACGUAUUCUGUUUCUGAAAAGUCAGUUGAAGAAAAAAAAAAAAAAUCGUGAAAAAACAAGAACUUUGGGGUUUUUUACAAUUUGCCUUUUUGGGACUGUUGCAUUUGUGAAGGAUGGCGCUGGACGGUAUUCGGAUGCCCGAUGGCUGCUACGCAGACGGGACCUGGGAGUUGAGAAUGCACGUGACAGACCUGCACCGGGACGUGUCUCUGAGGGUCACGGGUGAGGUGCACAUUGGAGGUGUGAUGCUCAAACUCGUCGAGAAGCUUGAUGUGAAGAGGGACUGGUCAGACCACGCUCUGUGGUGGGAGAAGAAGAAGACAUGGCUGCUCAAGACUCACUGGACCCUGGAUAAGUACGGGAUCCAGGCAGACGCUCGGCUGCUCUUCACCCCUCAGCACAAGCUGCUGCGGCUCCAGCUGCCAAACAUGAAGCACAUGAAGGUCAAGGUGAACUUCUCCGAUCGCGUCUUCAAGGCUGUCUCAGACAUCAGCAAGACCUUCAAUAUCAGGCACCCUGAGGAGCUGUCUCUACUGCGCAAACCCCAGGACCCCAAAAAGAAGAAGAAAAAGCUGGAGGAGGCAGAGGAGGAUGCUCUGGAGUUAGAGGGGCCGCUCAUCACCCCUGGAUCAGACUCCGAUGUUAUUUUCAUCGGCCCAGUCAAAGGCAGUAUAUACUCGAGUCCUGGCCUCUACAGUAAGACUAUGACCCCCACCUACGACUCUCGCGACGGCAGUCCGCUGUCCCCCACCUCGGCCUGGUUUGGGGACAGCCCUCUGUCGGAGGGAAAUCCCAGCAUCCUCGCUGUCAGCCAACCAAUCGCCUCGCCUGAUAUCCUGUCCAAGCUCUACAAGCCUCAGAGUCUGCUGGACAAGGCAAAGAUCAACCAAGGGUGGUUUGACUCCUCCCGAUCUCUGAUGGAACAAGAUGUGAAAGAGAACGAGGUGCUGCUGCUGAGAUUCAAAUACCACAGUUUCUUCGACCUUAACCCAAAGUACGACGCUAUCCGUGUGAACCAGCUGUAUGAACAGGCGAAGUGGGCCAUCCUGCUGGAGGAGAUAGAGUGCACUGAGGAGGAGAUGAUGAUGUUUGCAGCUCUGCAGUACCACAUCAACAAGCUGUCCAUCAUGUCCUCGGUCAACCACAUGAACAACAGUGACAAGGAGGUGGACGAGGUGGACGCAGCACUGUCUGACCUGGAGAUCACACUGGAGGGGGGCAAGACUUCCAGCAUACUGGGUGAUAUCACUUCUAUUCCAGAACUUGCAGACUAUGUUAAAGUUUUCAAGCCAAAGAAGCUAACACUUAAAGGCUACAAGCAAUACUGGUGCACGUUUAAAGACAUUACCAUCUCCUGCUACAAGAGCAAGGAGGAAGCUCACGGGACUCCAGCCUACCAGAUGAAUCUCCGAGGUUGUGAGGUGACUCCAGAUGUCAACAUCUCUGGUCAGAAGUUCAACAUCAAACUGCUGAUCCCUGUGGCUGACGGCAUGAACGAGAUCUGGCUGCGCUGUGACACUGAGAAACAGUAUGCCAACUGGAUGGCGGCGUGCCGGCUGGCCUCCAAAGGCAAGACGAUGGCCGACAGCUCGUACAACCUGGAGGUGCAGAACAUCCUGUCCUUCCUCAAGAUGCAGCACAUGAAUCCUGACCCCCAGCUCAUCGCUGAGCCCAUCAGCACCGACAUCAACCCCGAGUGCCUGGUCUCUCCACGCUAUCUCAAGAAGUACAAGAAUAAGCAGCCAGGCUAUGUAAGGGACUUGAUCACGGCUCGGAUCCUCGAAGCUCACCAGAAUGUGGCCCAGAUGAGUCUGAUCGAAGCCAAGAUGAGAUUCAUCCAGGCCUGGCAGUCUCUGCCGGAGUUUGGAAUGACACACUUCCUUGCAAAGUUCCAGGGAGGGAAGAGGGAGGAGCUGAUCGGUAUCACCUACAACAGGCUAAUCCGCAUGGACGCCCACACUGGAGAUGCGAUCAAGACCUGGAGAUUCAGCAACAUGAAGCAGUGGAACGUCAACUGGGAGAUCAAAAUGGUGACGGUGGAGUUUGCAGAUGAGCCGAGCCUUGCUUUCAUCUGCACGGAGGUGGACUGCAAGGUUGUGCACGAGUUCAUUGGAGGAUACAUCUUCCUGUCGACGCGUGCCAAGGACCAGAACGAGAGCCUUGAUGAGGAGAUGUUCUACAAGCUGACCAGUGGCUGGGUUUGAUUUGGGGUGAAAGAGGCUGACCGGGGGGGUACGCACCAAGAGAGAAAUCCAAUCCGGUCCUGCCAGACGAACAUAAAACACUAUAUACUGUUUCACUGCCCAGUCCAGGUGAACAUUGUCCAUGGGAAAGAGAUGCUUUAUAGCCCUCUCCUCCUCAUACCAUCUUUCAUCUCCCUGGGUAGCAGCAGCAGCCCACAACAGAUGACCUUUGAACCUACGGAUGAACCCUGCAGUUUGAAACUGCUCUAUAAGCUCUGUCACGCACCAGGGAAAAUACGUCCACAUAUCUCCCAGGGGCACCUUUUCUUGGAGCAGUUAGAGGGUUAGGUUUACCCAGGAUGCACCAGUCUCUCUCUUUUACAAGAAAUUACUAGUUUUGUAUUCAAAAGUUGUGUUAUUUUUUCUUUUUUAAUUUUACACUUUGUUAAGCAUACUGUGUCUGCAAAGUUCUAGAUUACCUGUCUGUGAUGCUACUUAGUUAUAUGGUUGUUUUCACAUGUGUGUGUAAUUGUCUUUCUUUUGCAGGUUAGAUCAGCAGACUAAACUCUCUUCCUUCUUGUAAAUCACAGCAGCUGGUUACAGAGUGUCAAUUUCUAACCAGAGCUGGCUGGAUGUUGCUUAGUUUGCAGUUCAUACUCAUGAAUGUGAAGGAAUGUUUAACACCUUGCAUGUCUAGUAUAGGGGUCGGAUACAUGAAGGUUGCAUUAAUAUGAAGGAAAUAUUCCCCUGAUGGGAUAGUCUAACCGGGUUGGGCUCCAUACCCUGUUUUACAGGAAGCUGGCUCCCACCAUUUGCAAAGCUAAAACUUUUAUUUUUUAUCAUUUACAAGAUGACCUGUGAACUGUAACCUGCUGGCUUGUAUGUUUUUGUUUUGUUGCAAUUCAAUAUAAUGCAUGCUACAAAAGCACUUCUUCCAUACUAAAAUUAAUUAGCCAAAAAGUUAACUGCUUUGUGUGGGGCUUAAACAGAAACAUGAAUUGAGAGAAGUGUGUAUGAGAAGCAGGAUUUUAAUGAAGCCAGUUUAGUGUGCAGCUGCUCAAAUGUAAUGCCUGUUUUGUGUAGCCCAGCAAGCGCCUGUGCUUGGGGUGUAUUUCUUUUUGUAGUAUGGGUGUAGUAUGGGUUUUGUUAGAUAUCAUGACCAUCGAAUUCGACAUGCAUCAUGGAAUACUUUGCCUAUCCUGAUUCCUGGCAACACAGAGGUGCAGCCUUGGUGAGUUUGUCAUCAAGGAGUGUGACUCAUUUUAAUUUCCCCUUGAUCUACAAUCUCUAUUUCCAAGGACUGGUGUGAGGUGUUGGGAACCAGAACAGCCUGUCUACUUUACACUGGUGUCAAUAGCUGUCAUGAAUGUAUCCUGUUUGUUGUAAAGAACAGCUGUUAAAGUGGUAUCAUUGCCCCUAUAAAAGCAUCCUUUGUAUUCCUAGAACUGCCCCUAUAGAGAAGGCUGAUAAACCCCAGUGUUUAUACAUCAAUCCCCCUAUAGAGAAGGAUGACAGACCCCACUGUAUAUACAGAACUGUGCAGGUUGCUACCAAGCAUUCUCCUUUUGCCUUGACAAAAUGUUUUGCUUCCCGGUCUGUGUGUGUUUGCUGAUUUUUCUAGAGAGACUCAUUAUGAAGGAUGCUGUCUUUAUCAGGUUUUCUGGCCUUGCUCACUUUUGUUUACCAUACUUCUUAUUUUACACCGUGUAGUAUUAUGGAGUUAUAUUUAUAACUCCCCAGCAUUACGACACAAACAAAACAGUCAGGGUUCAUUAUUUUAUUUUAAUUUUCCAGAUGAAUGAAGGAACUCCUAAAUGAAGUAUUAGUUUUAUGUAACUAAUGUAAAAACACAAGUUUUAUAUAAUUGUACAGUUUUUUGUUUUAAGUAUAGUUUCACAAAAAAAUUGGCAGUUGACCUUGCAUAGAAUAUGAAGUCUGAAAUUAUUUGUGUCUUCAAAAAUAAGGUCUUCUGAAGUCUAUAUAUAAUGUAUAAAAUAGAUCUAGCUGAACCCAAGUCUCAAACUCCAGGUUGAAGGGCUACUUCAGAACUUGCUCCAAAGCUUUAUCUCCCCUUUUUGAUGAUUUGAUGUCAAACGUACAAAGCUGCCUUUUUAAAGACUACAUGAAUGUGUUUUAAUUAUCCAAAUGCACAGCUCAGUUUCUACAUGUGGGUCCUUCAAAUUAAAAUGAGGUGGUUCCAGCAAAGAAUGCAGACUGAGGCUUUUCCACAAACAGAUUUAAAAGGAAGCCCUAAUUUAACAGUACAACCUGUUUCUUUUUCAUUCAUUUGGAGCCCUGGAGUUUGAGACUGCAAUAGAAUGAAGUAACACUGCUAGCUUUGCCUCAUAGUGCUCAUAGCUCCAUUAGUUUUGUGCCGCCUACGUCUGGGAAUAAGGGGUAUUGUCCCUUGUGUUUUUUAGACUGUAAAUGCAUUUAUUUUAAAAAAUAAAAGAACCAUUUUUAUUUAACAAUG